AUGGCUGCGAAAGGCGACGUCGAGGAGGGCUACAGGGUGAACCAUUCGUUCGGUAUCACCCUCGAAACCCUCGACAAAAUCCAGAGCACACGCGACGAGGACCCGGACGCCUGGGACCGAGAGGGCGGCCUCGAGAAGGUCGCGGCCAAGCUGCAAACCUCGCUCGACGAUGGCAUCUCCCCGGACUCCGAGCAGGACCGCCAGGCGGCCUUCGGGGCCAACAAGUUCAAGGAGGUGCCCCCGAAGGCCUUCUUCACGCUCCUGUACGAGCAGCUCAAGGACCCCACUCUGAUGCUCCUGAUGGCGGCCGCGCUCUUCCAGACCGUCCUCGGCGCGUCCCUGCCCGAGGAGCGCGAAAAGAACGCGUACGUGGAGGGCGUGGCUAUCUGGGUGGCCGUCAUCGUCGUGUCGAUGGUCGGCGCCGUGAACGACUGGAAGAAGGACCAGCAGUUCCGCAAGAUCAACGCCGAGCGCGACACCUUCGAGGUCAAGGUCAUCCGCGGCGGCCACGAGACGCUGGUGACCAACGUGGACGUGUGCGUGGGCGACCUCCUCGUCCUCGACACGGGCGACAAGGUCGUCGCGGACGGCUACUUCGUGCGCGGCUUCGACCUCGUCAUCGACGAGUCCUCCCUCACCGGCGAGUCGGACCCCAUCAAGAAGUCGGACAAGAGGCCCUGGUGCCUCUCGGGGACGCAGGUGACGGAGGGGUCGGGCACGAUUUUGGUGACGGCGGUGGGCGAGAAGUCGCAGUGGGGCAAGACGAUGGCGCUCGUGGUGGGCGAGGCCGAGGACACCCCGCUGCAGGAGAAGCUGGCCGUGCUCGCGAGCGCCAUCGGCAAGGUCGGCAUGGCGGUCGGCGUGCUGUGCUUUUUGGUGCUCAUCAUCUCGUGGAUGGUGGAGUUCAACGGCGGCAGCGCGGAGCACGCGACGGACAUCCUGGACUUCUUCAUCUUCGGCGUCACCAUCGUCGUCGUGGCGGUGCCCGAGGGCCUCCCGCUCGCCGUGACCAUCUCGCUGGCCUACUCGAUGCGCAAGAUGAUGAAGGACAACAACUUCGUGCGCGUGCUCGCGGCGUGCGAGACGAUGGGCGGCGCGACCGCCAUCUGCUCGGACAAGACCGGCACGCUCACGGAGAACCGCAUGACGGUCGUCGAGGGGCUGUUUUACGGCAAGAAGUUCGGCGAGGUGCCCAAGCCCGAGGACUUCACCCCCGAGCUGCUCGACCACCUCGCGAAGAACUGCGGGCUGAACGGGAAGGCCUUCCUGCAGGUCCGCGACGACGGCAUCAUCGACUUCGUCGGCAACCGCACCGAGUGCGCGCUGCUGGUGCUGCUGCGCAAGCUGGGCUUCGACUACGAGAAGAUGCGCAAGGACUUCCCGCUCGAGCGGCUGUACGGGUUCUCCUCCGCGAAGAAGAUGGCCGCGUGCCUGCUGAAGACGGACGCGUCGCUGCGGCUGUACAACAAGGGCGCCUCGGAGUGGGUGCUGGAGAAGUGCACCGACAUGCUCAUGAUGGACGGGUCGAAGGUGCCGCUCGACGCGGCGAAGAAGGCCGAGCUGACGCAGCAGAUCACGGACAUGGCCUCGCGCGGCCUGCGCACGCUGAGCCUGACCAUCAAGGACCUCCCGCUGGACACGAGCCCGGAGUCGUACGAGCACGAGGCGCCCGACGACGGCCUGACGCUGUGCUGCGUGGUGGGCAUCAAGGACCCCGUGCGCCAGGAGGUGCCGGACGCCGUCGCGACGUGCAAGCGCGCAGGCAUCACGGUGCGGAUGGUGACGGGCGACAACAUCAACACAGCGCGGCACAUCGCGCGCGAGUGCGGCAUCCUGUACGGCGACGGCAUCGCGAUGGAGGGCCCGAAGUUCCGCCAGAUGAACUACGAGGAGAUCGUGGCCAUGGUGGACCGCCUGCAGGUCCUGGCGCGCUCCAGCCCCGAGGACAAGUACACGCUCGUGUCGGCGCUCAAGGAGCGCGGCGACGUCGUGGCGGUGACCGGCGACGGCACGAACGACGCGCCCGCGCUCAAGGAGUCGGACGUCGGGCUCGCGAUGGGCAAGACGGGCACGGAGGUGGCCAAGGAGGCCUCGGACAUCGUGAUCCUGGACGACAACUUCACCUCGAUCGUCAAGGCGGUGCUGUGGGGGCGGAACGUGUUCAACUCGAUCCGGAAGUUCCUGCAGUUCCAGCUCACGAUCAACUUCGUCGCGCUGACGCUCGCGUUCAUCUCGGCCGUCGCGCAGAAGGGCACGCCGCUCAACGUCAUGCAGCUGCUCUGGGUGAACCUCGUCAUGGACUCCCUCGCCGCGCUCGCGCUCGCCACGGAGCUCCCGAACCCCAAGCUGCUCAAGAACAAGCCGUACGGGCGCUCGGAGCCCCUCAUCAGCAAGAAGAUGUGGAAGCACAUUGUCGGCGUCGGCUUUUACCAGCUCCUCAUCAUGCUCCUGAUCAUCUUCAUCACGCCCGAGGUCGGCGGCGACUACUACACCAUCCCCUCGGAGUGCUCCCUCAGCAACGCGGACGCCCUCGGCCUCCUCACGGCCCAGGGCGUCUCCCUGGAGGCCGCCGCCGUCAUCUCGGAGGGCGACCUGGAGAACGUGCUGACCGUGUCGCUCGAGGACGGCGGCCGCAGCUACCAGGUCGCGCGCCACGCGUCGGGCUGCAUCCAGGUCGGCGGCCCCGACACCGCGGUCUACGCGUCGGGCACGCCCGAGCACGCCGCGCUGUCGCGCAUGGAGGGCGAGAGCGAGGACGUGUACGAGACGGUGCUGGAGGAGCAGGAGCAGCACACGAACUCGAUCGUGUUCAACGCGUUCAUCUGGAUGCAGCUGGUGAACGAGCUCAACUCGCGGAAGAUCCAGGACGAGCUCAACGUGCUGCAGGGCAUCACGCACUCGCCCAUCUUCUUCUUCGUGCUCGUCUUCUCCGCGGCGAUGCAGGUGCUCUUCAUCAUGACGCCGAUCAACCAGUUCUUCAAGGUCGUCGAGCAGGACGGCAUCGAGUGGAUGAUCGCCAUCCUGUGCGGCCUGGGCUGCUUCCCGGUGUCCUUCAUCCUGCGCCUCUUCGGCAAGUUCGGCAAGGACCCCUCGGAGCUCGAGAGCGGCGAGAGCCGCAAGCACCUCGGACGGGUAAGCCCUUCGCCGGAGAAGGAGGGCGUCGAGAACGGAAACGGCGUCGCCAACGGCCACUGA